AUGUCAAUUAAAUCAGUUGAAAAACUUUUAAUUGCUAAUCGUGGUGAAAUUGCUUGCCGGAUUUUACAAACAUGUAAAAGAAUGGGAAUAUCCACAGUUGCGGUAUAUUCUGAUAUUGAACAAAACGCACUUUUCGUAAAGUUGGCAGAUGAAGCAAUACAUAUAGGGCCACCUUCUGCUGCAGACUCAUAUCUUCGGGGAGACAAAAUUAUCGAAGCUGCCAAACGAGUUGGUGCUGAUGCCAUCCAUCCGGGAUAUGGAUUUUUAUCCGAAAAUGCAGAAUUUGCCAGAAAUGUGGUCAACUCAGAGAUUAUAUUUAUUGGCCCUACAUCAGAAUCAAUUUUGGCAAUUGGAGAUAAGAUUGAAGCAAAAAAUUUACUUGCUAAACACUUGCCAUCUGUAAAUUUGAUACCUGGUUAUAAUGGUGAUAUUCAGAAUAUAGAUGUUUUGGUUUAUGAAUCCAAGAGAAUCGGAUUUCCUGUGUUAUUAAAAGCAUCUGCAGGUGGUGGUGGAAAGGAUAGAAUUUUAAUUGAAAAGUAUUUUGAGUCAAUUCGUCAUGUUGAGAGAGAUUGCUCCAUUCAAAGACGACAUCAAAAAAUUAUUGAGGAAACACCAUCUCCAGUAUUGGAUCAGAAUUUGAGACAAAACAUGAUUGAUGCUGCAAUUAAAAUUGGUAAACUCUUGAAAUAUACAAGUGCUGGGACUGUUGAAUUUAUUGUGGAUAUCAAAGAAAACAAAUACUAUUUUCUCGAAAUGAAUACACGUUUACAAGUUGAACAUCCAAUUACUGAAUUUAUAACUGGCUUGGAUCUGGUCGAACUUCAAAUAUUGGUUUCUCAAGGAUAUGAUUUAUCGCAUUCACAAUUACCAACAUUAAAGUCAAAUGGACAUUCCAUUGAGUGCCGCCUUUACUCUGAAGAUCCUUACACCAAUUUUCUUCCGAGCAUUGGUAAAAUUCUUCAAUUUAAACCAUAUUUAGCACCAAAUAUUAGAUACGACACUGGGGUUGAAACAGGGUCAGAAAUAUCUGUAUACUAUGAUCCUUUAAUUACCAAAAUUUCAGUCUGGGCUCCAACACGUAAUCAAGCACUUCAAAAAAUGAGACUAACGUUACAAAAUACUAUUUGUCUUGGUCUAGUUACAAAUCAACAAUUUUUAUUACAAGUCAUGAAUGAUCCAAACUUUAUAUCUGGAAGAUAUGAUACUAAUUUUAUUGAACAUCAGUUUUCUCUGUCUAAAAACCAACAUAUACAAGGUGAAUUAGGAAUUAUACCAUUUUUAUGGUUAUGGUACAUUAGGGAAAAACAAAGAACUGUGUUAAAACAUGUUCCUUCUGGAUGGAGGUAUUUAAAAUAUAAAAAUUUUACUGAUGAAUAUAUUGUUCAUAAUGGAAAUAAUGUUCAGAGUUUAGAGUUAGAAUAUGAGUAUCAUACGAAGUUAGAUGGUGGGAAAAUUGGCAACAGUGGCGAACAUAUAUUUAGCAUUUGGAUAAAAGGAGAUAGCAAUAAAUGUAAACAUGUCGUGUUAAAGGAUGUGAUUAUUAAUGAAAAUGAUAUUGUUUAUGGGUCUUUAAGAUGUUCUAUAGAUGGCAUACAGAAAGUAUUUAACAUAGCUUCUAAAUCGCAAAAUUUACAUUCACAAGAAGUUUAUGUUCAUUAUAAGGAAUUGGGUGGACAGAUCAAAUUUAUAAGAAACAAAAAAAAGUUUUAUAAUGAAGAUGUUGAAGAUGAUGCUCCAAUGCCAUGCAAAAUUUUAAAAAUUCUAGUCCUGCAAAAUUCUAAAAUUAGUAAAAAUGAAGCUAUAUUAACUAUAGAAUCUAUGAAGAUUGAAACAAGAAUAUACUCUAGGCAUGAUGGUGUCGUAAAGCUCUUGGUCAAGGAAGGUGAUAUUGUUGAUGCCGGAACUGUUUUGAUUAAGAUUGAACAAAAUAAAUGA